AGCCUCGACUGAUUCAUCAUCGACGUCACGCUAAUUAAGAGCAAAGCAACAAAGCAAUUAGCGAGAUGCUAAUGAAAUCGAUGCUUCGACUAUCCGCUCGAGAUUGAUCUACACCUAGAAAUUGUUCAGGCUAACAACAAUGCCGGGCGGUGUCGUGUUCUUGGUUUGCAUACCCACAUCGAGCUUCGAGCACGAGCUCAUUUUUGGCGUUCCCUUGAAGAAGCCCAGAAACGAGAAGGAUGGAAACCUAGCGCCUGCACCAAGGGUGGACCUACGUAUCAGGGAGACAAGAACGAGAACACAACUAUUGAAACUCGACGAUGAUGAUUCUGUGGAAGAUAUCGAAGACAUUAACGAUGACAUAGACGGCAGAAGGCAUCCACGACCUCGGGGUCUCGGUCAACGUAACAGAGACCCCGUUUUCGUGUCGAUGGAAACGGUGUUACACGAACUGUUGAAGAAGCUCAAAGUGGAACAUGUGGUGUGGUGCAAGGACAAUGGAAACAUGUACUACGAGGUGAUAUUUCCGGUACCUGCGGGAGAACCAUGCGAGAAUUGCUUGCAUUGCCUGACGGAAAUGGGAAUCGGAGUAAAGAUGAACUCCAUAGUAAGCGUGAUUCCGACCCAGUGCACGUACAGCGGAUUGGGCAGCGCCGGUUCCGCCGCUAUUAAGGACGACUUGGCACGAAGACGAAAGGAAUCAGAAGAGAGGAAAAACGCCUGGAAGGCCUUCGUGGAAUCGAUACGCUCAAAACUGACCGUGAAACAGGUCGUGGAUGGUGUUCGAAGCGGCGGCGAUCUUACGUUCGAUUACGUUCUGCUCGUACUCACGGCAGACUGUUUGGCUGCAUUGGGUCUCAUUGAGAACAGCGCAACCAACGUCGUUGCGGCUAUGCUAGUGUCGCCUUUAAUGGGACCCGUAAUGUCGUUAACCUUUGGCACUAUCAUAGCUGACAGAAACCUCCAGUUUGUCGGCUUGAAGAGCUUGUUGCUUGGCAUAUUCGUCUCCAUAUUGUUUGGUUUCAUUUUUGGUCUCAUUCUGGGCACAACAGAAAUGCCUUGGGGUUACAAUGAUUGGCCAACCGAUGAAAUGAAAGGCAGAGGCAACUACAGGUCCCUAUGGAUGGGUGUGUUGUGGGCUCUUCCUUCUGGCACUGGUGUUGCCGUGGCUUUGCUGCAGGGAAGUAGUGGACCCCUAAUCGGAGUCGCCAUCUCAGCCUCUUUGCUACCACCAGUGGUAAAUUGUGGUCUGUUUUGGGCGCUCGGAUGCAUAUGGCUGAUCUAUCGUCCGAUCAAGAUGCCACACAUAAAAGGCGAAUCCUACACAAACUACAACACCUCGUACGUGUACGUUUACACCGACUAUCUGCCAGUCGAGUUCUUCUGCAACGGUAUAAUCAGCGCGUGCUUGACCUUCAUCAACGUCAUGUGUAUCUUUAUCACGGCGAUAAUAGUCUUGAAGAUUAAAGAAGUGGCAGCGCCAUACACGUCCACGCCGGAAUUACGUCGCUUCUGGGAGCACGAUAUCCGACUAGUUCGCGAUAAGAAUAUUUCGCGCGAUAACAGCUCCCUGGACUCGAGUUACUAUGAUGGAUUGAGCAAAACGAAACAGCGAGCGUUGGAACAAACCUUGAACGAAGCUGUGCGCGAAGCCAUAAACGACGAAACCUUCCGCAAGGUUCAAAGGCUUAGUUACGGUCCACAUGGCCCUGAACAGUUCACGCAGAAACUGGGUCUCCGCACUAUUGACGAUGCGAGCAACGUUGCAAAUAUUGGACUCGCUAAAGAGGCUGCAUCCGACAACUUCCGUCCACCCGAGGGACUAGGAAACGCUGUUAGCACGAGCGAAGAUUUAGCAGCUCUUGAUAGACUGAUUACAUAUCUUUUGGGACAACCGAGCGGAGCUAGUACCGGGAACUUGGAUUCUUGGCGUCGUUCCCAUCGAGCAAGUGCGCGAGGCUACAUACAAUUGCCCAACGCGGGUGCUAGCGCUGAGAGAGGCGAGGGCGGUACUAACGUUAACACGACACCAUUUUAAAUAAAAAUUAAACAAAUUA